CCGCGCUUCUAGCGCUAUUCUACUCGCCGGGAAGGCGGCGCCGGCGGCUCACGCUGUGCCCACUCCCGGGUGCUGCGCUCCCGUAGCGGGUGGGCUUCUCAAACCCUGGCCGGCCGCGGCCCCUGCAAAGAGGUGGCCUCUGCAUCCCAGUUUUUCACUGCGGGGACGCUCCAGCACGUGCGACCUUUUUUUGGGGGGGUGUUCUCACGAGCGGCUACCAAGCAGAGGGCACCCAACUUUGCCACCUUGAGGGUCGCCCUCGCUCAACGCGAGCUUGCAUGCUCAGCUGCACAACUACGGACUCCGUGCUCCUGGCGGUGGAGCUGAUCCCCAGCCCGGCGCGCAGCGAGCAGAGGAUAGCUCUGGAGAAGUGGCGGGGAGCAGUAGCGGCAGCUGCCUCGACUUCCCUUGCAGCGCGCUGAAGAGGACCCUUGGAGCCCCUCCGGGCCCGGGCGCUGGAUGACUGGCAGGAAGAACGCUCCCCGCAUCUGGUCUGGUGUGUGAAAACUCGGCGUGGAUGCCCAUGUGGCUGUCCAGUUCAGUGUGAUUUAUGACGGAGGACACGUGGCUCUACCCUCUCUCUCCUCGGUACUUUUCACACAUGAGGAGAAGGUGAGCUUCGUAAAAGACACGUUCCCAGAGUCAGAGACCCCUUGCCCACCAUGAAGGGAGCCUGCAUCCUUGCAUGGCUGUUCUCAAGCCUGGGAGUGUGGAGACUCGCCCACCCGGAGACCCAGGAUCCCACCCAGUGCCAGAGAGCCGAGCAUCCUGUCAUCUCCUACAAAGAAAUUGGCCCCUGGUUACGGGAGUUCAGAGCGGAGAAUGCUGUGGAUUUCUCAAGGUUAACAUUUGACCCAGGACAGAAGGAACUUAUCGUAGGAACAAGGAACUAUCUCUUCAGAUUACAGCUUGAAGAUCUGUCUCUCAUCCAGGCUGUGGAGUGGGAGUGUGAUGAAGCUACCAAGAAGGCCUGUUAUAGCAAGGGCAAAUCGAAGGAAGAAUGCCAGAACUACAUCAGAGUGCUCUUAGUGAGCGGGGACCGGCUAUUCGCCUGCGGGACCAAUGCUUUCACACCUGUCUGCACCAUCCGCUCGUUAAGUAACCUGACUGAGAUCCACGAUCAGAUCAGUGGCAUGGCACGCUGUCCCUACAGUCCCCAGCACAAUUCGACAGCUCUGCUCACAGCCAGUGGGGAGCUUUAUGCUGCAACAGCCAUGGACUUCCCAGGGCGAGAUCCAGCCAUUUACAGAAGUCUGGGCUCGCUACCUCCUCUUCGAACUGCACAGUACAACUCCAAAUGGCUCAAUGAACCAAACUUUGUGUCUUCCUACGACAUUGGCAACUUCACCUACUUCUUCUUCCGAGAAAAUGCCGUGGAGCAUGACUGUGGGAAGACCGUGUUCUCCCGGGCUGCGCGGGUCUGCAAGAAUGAUAUUGGGGGGCGGUUCCUCCUGGAGGACACCUGGACCACCUUCAUGAAGACUCGCCUCAACUGUUCCCGGCCCGGGGAGGUGCCAUUCUACUACAGUGAGCUGCAGGGCACCUUCUUCCUUCCAGAGCUGGACCUGAUCUAUGGCAUCUUCACCACCAACGUGAACAGCAUCGCUGCCUCUGCCGUGUGUGUCUUCAACCUGAGCGCCAUCUCGCAGGCCUUCAAUGGACCUUUCAAGUACCAGGAGAACUCUCGCUCGGCCUGGCUGCCUUAUCCCAACCCCAACCCCAACUUUCAGUGCGGCACCAUGGACCAGGGCCUGUAUGUAAACCUGACAGAAAGAAACCUACAGGACGCUCAGAAGUUCAUUCUGAUGCAUGAGGUGGUACAGCCAGUGACCACUGUGCCCUCCUUCAUGGAGGACAACAGCCGCUUCUCCCACGUGGCCGUCGACGUGGUGCAGGGCAGGGACACACUCGUCCACAUCAUCUAUCUGGCCACAGAUUAUGGCACCAUCAAGAAAGUACGGGCUCCCCUGAGUCAGACCGCAGGCAGCUGUUUGCUGGAAGAAAUUGAGCUUUUCCCAGAGAGGAGGAGAGAGCCCAUCAGGAGCCUGCAAAUCCUCCACAGCCAGAGCGUCCUGUUUGUGGGACUACAGGAACAUGUAGCCAAGAUCCCGCUGAAGAGGUGCCACUUCCACCAAACACGCAGUGCCUGCAUCGGGGCCCAGGACCCUUACUGUGGCUGGGAUGUGGUGAUGAAGAAGUGUGCCAGCCUGGAGGAGAGCCUGAGCAUGACCCAGUGGGAGCAGAGCAUCUCCACCUGUCCGACCAGAAACCUCACUGUGGAUGGGAGCUUUGGUCCGUGGUCUCCAUGGACACCCUGUACACACACAGAUGGCACUGCUGUGGGAUCCUGCCUCUGCCGGUUGCGCUCCUGUGACAGCCCGGCUCCACGGUGUGGUGGCUGGCAGUGUGAGGGCCCUAGGAUGGAGAUCACCAACUGUUCCAGGAAUGGAGGCUGGACUCCCUGGACCUCUUGGUCACCCUGCAGCACCACCUGCGGCAUUGGCUUCCAGGUGCGGCAACGCUCCUGCAGCAACCCCACACCCAGGCAUGGAGGCCGCGUGUGUGUGGGCCAGAACCGGGAGGAAAGAUACUGCAAUGAACAUCUGCUCUGCCCACCGCACGUGUUCUGGACAGGCUGGGGACCUUGGGAGCGGUGCACGGCCCAGUGCGGGGGUGGCAUUCAAGCCCGUCGUAGGACCUGUGAGAAUGGGCCUGACUGUGCAGGAUGUAAUGUGGAGUACCAGCCCUGUAACACUAACGCGUGCCCAGAGCUGAAGAAGACCACACCGUGGACGCCCUGGACACCUGUCAACAUCUCGGACAACGGUGGUCACUAUGAGCAGCGGUUCCGAUACACUUGUAAAGCCCGCCUGCCGGAUCCAAACCUGCUGGAAGUGGGGAGGCAGAGGAUUGAAAUGCGGUACUGUUCCAGUGAUGGUACCAGCGGCUGCUCCACAGAUGGACUUUCUGGAGACUUUCUACGAGCGGGAAGAUACUCUGCUCAUACUGUCAAUGGGGCCUGGUCAGCCUGGACUUCCUGGUCCCAGUGCAGCCGAGACUGCAGCCGGGGCAUUCGGAACCGGAAGCGUGUUUGCAACAACCCAGAACCCAAGUAUGGGGGCAUGCCAUGCCUUGGUCCGUCCAUGGAAUUUCAGGAGUGCAACAUUUUACCCUGUCCAGUGGAUGGCAUGUGGUCCUGUUGGUCAUCCUGGUCUAAAUGCUCAGCAACCUGCGGGGGUGGACACUACAUGAGAACGCGCUCUUGUACGAAUCCAGCCCCAGCCUACGGAGGGGACAUCUGCCUGGGACUGCACACGGAGGAGGCGCUCUGCAAUACACAGACCUGUCCAGAGAGCUGGUCGGAGUGGUCCGACUGGUCUGCGUGUGAUGCCUCCGGCGUCCAAGUCCGUGCUCGGCAGUGUGUUCUUCUGUUUCCUGUGGGCAGCCAGUGUUCCGGAAACACCACAGAGAGCCGGCCAUGUGUGUUUGACUCUAAUUUCAUCCCAGAAGUGUCUGUGGCGAGAUCCAGUAGUGUGGGAGAGAAAAGGUGUGGAGAGUUCAACAUGUUCCACAUGAUGGCCGUGGGACUCAGCAGUUCUAUCCUCGGCUGCCUCCUUACCCUGCUCGUCUACACCUACUGCCAGCGGUACCAGCAGCAGUCCCAUGAUGCAACUGUCAUCCACCCUGUCUCCCCUGCUGCUCUCAACAGCAGCAUAACCAACCAUAUCAACAAACUGGAGAAAUAUGAUUCAGUGGAGGCCAUCAAGGCAUUUAACAAAAACAACUUGAUCCUAGAGGAGAGAAACAAAUACUUCAGCCCCCAUCUCACUGGGAAGACCUAUUCCAAUGCCUACUUUACAGAUCUCAACAACUAUGACGAGUACUAGCAGCUCUUAACGCUUCUGGCUCCUUGGAAACGCUCUGCUUCUCAAAGCCGUGCUCCAUGACUGCCCUUAUUUCUGAGGCUUCAGAGAUGAAGUGUGGAUCCAUUUCAAGUGCAUUUCAAGUCAGGACUUUCCCAUCGCUACAAAAGACGCACACCCUGAGGCACCUCCGUGUUGGGUUGAGGCCGUCUGGUCCGCAGCGAACAUUUGACUGUUGCUAAGUGAGCCAUGCUGUGAAGUUUCGCAUUGUGCUGCUCCCAGACUCUAACUGGUCUCUUGUUUCAUGAGUUUAAUUUCGUAAAUGUGCCAACCACGUUAGAAAGUGUCUUCAGAAAUGUAGCAUCUUCAUGCUUUCGAGUGUAGGGCUUCAUGAUGUUUUAACUUGAAAACAAACAAACAAACAACAAAAAGCCAGGCACUUUGUCUGUGAGAUCCCUUCCCUCACAAGGUCCAUUGUUAAUUCAAAGAAUGAAGAUAUGACUAUGGCCAACUCUCCCAACCUGGGUUACUCUGUGGGUUCUUGGAAAGAGCUUGCUUGCACUUGGAGUGAUUCCUGCCCAGGAAAGACCAGGGAUUCUGCCUGCCCUGGACCUGUCGAGUUGUGGUCCACUGAGACCCCUUGAGACCCCUUGCUGUGGUCUGGGAAACUGACUGUCAUCACUGUGCAGCGAACACAUGAAACAGAGAACAGACAGCAAGACACACAGCAGUGUUCUGCAGUUUGCAGCGAAACUAGCCUUACUCUGACUUCCGGAUUCCGUGUCAUUCCAGGGAGCUCCUUGCCAUGCUAUAGGCCUGCAGGCCCACCUGCCUGGGCAGUGGGAAUGUGCCGAAGAGCCAGUCUUAGCAUUGGGGUAGACACCAUGCCCCUCUCUCCCUCCCUGCGAAAAAAUUCUUCAGCAUUAUGAUGCCAGUUAUGGAAAACAUUGAAAGUACCAAACUGUAAUGGAAAGCCUCUCUUUAUUUUUCCGUGUUAUGCAGUGUUGAGUGAACUGAUGUUUAUUGACAAACAUUUUUUUGUAUUCAGCAUCUUUGAUGUGUUUAAUGUACAUCAAUGGGCCCCUAUCAAGAGCAUUAAAGGUGUCUAAAGCUGUUCCCCCUGGACCUCAGCACCAUCACACUGGACUGACAAUCCAGUUCCAUGGUCCCCUUGUUCGUCCCUGUUGUCCCCAGUCUGGAGGAAGCAGAGGCGCUGGCAUCUUUACAUCAGUGCUGUCUUCCUGUGCAUCCGGCCUAGCUGGUCCCACUUCUGCCCCGAGGCAGUAGUGGUCAAGAUGUACCUUGAGAGGUGACAGACACUAGUUACGGGCCUCUAGUGACCCCUCUGCUCUCAGUCAUCGGGGACUGUUGUAAGACCAUUCCCAAGGUCCUCAGAGGAGUAAAGGAGGCUUAUUAACAGCUGAUACAGAGUAUAUGGGUAUUGAUUUAAUGCUUUUGAAAAGCAAAGACAAAAUAGUUUGUGCCCCUGGUCACUAUGGCAAAGACCCGAGUAGGCAUUCAUAUGUGUUCUUACGAGAGAAUAAACUUUCAUGUCUAUGCAAAUGUAUAGCACGGGGAGGAGAGAUUACAGGGUUUUAUGAGUGUGUUUUCCCCUAUCAAAUAUAAAAAAGCAAUCUCAGAAAAUGUUCCUCAAAAAAAGAAUCUAUGUUUAAUCACAAAUUAGUCUCAUAUAAACACAUUUUUCAGACAUAACUCAAUGUUAAGAUUGAAAUUAAGGCAGCAGAUGAGCUCUGGGACUUAGAUGUGUCAGGUUGCAAAGAAAUGGCAGAUGGGAAAAUCCCAGUGGGACGCUGUGUGGCAUUUCUCGCACUUCUACAGCGGAUGCAGCCUCCGUUGCACACACGUUUUUAAAAUCCACACUCAACAGAUAGAUGUGUAGGGUGAUUUAUUUGUUGUCUCUAGGGUGGAUUUCAUUCGAUGCCUGAAUUCAUCUCAUUACUUUCUUUUAAGAAAAGAAUAAAUCCUCUUGGUAUAGCACUAAAUUUUCUUGUUUUAAAAAUAAGCUCGCUUCUUGAAUAUUUCCCUAGCUUGAAAGGUCAUUUUCUUUCCCCUGGGAAGGAUGUUGCAAAUAUUUCAAGAACUUGUCGCUAAACUUGAUAGGAAAUGCUUUCUAAGUGAACUCCAAUCUGGUCUUUAUCCAUUUGAUAUAGCAACCCCACCCCAGAAUUCUCAUAUUCAAAAGAAGACAGUCUUCUGACAUUAGUAAUGACUUUCUAAGGCCUCGUGUUUGGCUCCCCUGUUCUCUAUUCAAAUCUCUACCCCCCAACACCAGGCCUCUGCUCUGAUUUGGCCAAACAGUUGGAAGAAUUGCUUAGGAACACCAUGGGCUGUAUUCUGUUUUCAUCUCCCCAUGACUGUUUUUCUGGAACUCUACUGCUGAAUGCCAUUUUCCAGACUCUCAUUAGCCUAUCACACAUGUGCAGAGGAUAUGCCAUCCACUUUGGAACCUCCUUGUCAGAGUAGAUCUGCUCUACCUGGGACUGUUUGUUUGGGAUUAGGCGGCAACCUGUGGGUCAUAGUUUAAAUUCCAGACUGGCUUUCUCGUUUCCUUCCCUCCUCUCUGCUGCAUCUCUCCCUCCAGCCCUUCUUGCCUUCCUUAAUUCCUUCAUUCUUUCCUUGCUUCCUUUUGACCUUCGAUGCGAGAAACACAUGGAAGAAUUCAUAUUUUUAAGCCACAUCUGGCCGAACCUGUUGUCAAAUGACAUUAAUCAACCUAUUUUCUAUCGUUAGGGUUCAAGUUCGGCUGGUUUUCGUUAAGAAUCUGGCUUCAGUUGCAUGCUUACAUACUUUGGAAGUUGGUUCCGAUGUUGUUUAUGGUCCUCCCUCUGAUUAGACCAUCAUCAAUCCUGCUAAGUGCUGACAUUCUGCAGAAAGAAGAAUAGAAUCUUUGCACACAGCACAGUCUUAGACAUUUGCAAAUACCCUGGGGACUUUUUUGGAACUGAGGGCUCUGUCACCACUGACUGAAGUUAACUCAGUGAGUUCUAAGGAACUCUGGGACAUUUGGUGAAACUAUGCUACACACACACACACACACACACACACACACACAAGCCUCUGUCAUCAUAGUUCUAGGCUUUUUCUUCAAAACUUCCCAACUCAAGCUAGGCAUGUUUAUGGCACUGCCUCUUAAAACUUACUCAUGGUACCCAAGCAUCUCUGGUUCUGUUGGAUACAUCAAAACACACAUGAAAGUAGAUUCUUCUUAGAAUUAACAUUGACUUUGAUGGAAGUGAAGUCAGUUUCUUAUGCCCAUAGUGGAAUUUCAGAGACACUAAAGGAAUUGAAGACAAGUCAUAAGCAGUAAAUGUCUGCAGCUGAGAUGCUUCUGUCACUAAGAAGGACCAAUUCACAUAGUCCAGUGGGGACGCUAUUGACUCACAGUUGAUACUGAAGAAUAAGGAAACGGGAGCAGAGAAAAAUGUAGAGCUCAAUAAAAAUCAAUAAAAAAAGAAACAGGUAUGGCAUGUGAGAUGCAAAGGCGAAGGUUAUGUCACUCUCUAUUGAAUAUGCUGCAUAGGCCCUGGCAGGGAGCUGGCCCACAACCAGAUACUGUGAUCCUGACAUUUGGACUCUUCUAUAAUCAUACUUCCUGAGUGCAUGAGUCUUAGUCAAGGGCAUUGUUGCCUCCUUACUUAUCUAUAAAGGGAUGGAAAUGGCCAACUCUGACACCCGUGCCAGCAAAUCUCCCACAUGACUCUUGCUUUCAAUACUGUGGACAAUUUUUCAUCAAAGAGGAUUCCCCUUAAGAGUCAUGUUAUUGUGUGAUAGAAUGCCUAAAAUGAUGUUAUUCUAAACACGCAUUAGGUUUGCAUUUGGUCAUUUUGUCAAAAUACAGUCUGCUGGCAUAUGAAUUCGCAUAUACCCUCAUGUUUCGUUGCUGAAUUUUCUUGCAUUUAGAAUAAGCCACAAAUAGUUCCUCAAUAGGCUAAGCCAAAAUUCCUUAUCAAUUGUUCUACAGAGACAUGAACUUUCUUAACUUUGAGGUAUCCUAGACUCUUCAGUGAGUCUUUCAUGUUUUAAGUCACACUUUGGGGUCCACUAAGUUCAGCACUACCAUCUCAAAUGAUAGUUUGGGAACCUCAACCAGAAAUACAAGACACCAUUUACCAGUGGGCAAUAUAAUGAACUCUGUCAGCAUCAGAUCAACCUCUUUUUCAAGUGGCAGUUUAAGCCUGAGUCUCAGAGCCCCAGAAAUUGCUUUCCAUGGAGGUCUCAGAACAGUAGCCUUUGCAAAGUCUCUGUUCUCCUAGAGUCCAAAGAUGGUAUUAGACAUGCUGAGCUCAUCGGUACAUUCCUACACCUUUAGAACUUUAUGGAGCAUAUAGAGAUUUAUGUUGAUACAUCAUUGUCAAUAUUUUAAAACCUGCUACUAGCCAUGGGUAUUUGAUAUUAUCUAUUAUCAAAUACUAAAGGACAUAGUGAGUACUCCGCUUCUUUGAGAAAUGCAUGUGAAAUGGGGAAACCUAAGUUAAUGGUCUCAUUGACCUAAAAGAUGCAGCCCAGAAAAUAUUGUGUGAGAGAUUAAUGCUCAGAGCCUAGGGAUCAUCUAUCUCUCUAGCUUAUCUUUUCAUUUGUUAUUGUUAUCAUUAAUUAAAAUGAUGGAAGGAGAUUUCAAAGCUCUAUAAAUAGCAAGCUAAGGCCUUCAGGUUGUAUCUGAGGAUAGUCUCAUGAAAAAAAGGAAAUGUGUUGCUUUCCAGUUUGCCGCUGUUUCUUUGGGAAACCGAAACCCUGUAGAUAACAUACAAUGUUGAACUAUUGACAGAACUUGCAAAACUCACUCUUCCUCAUGAGCUUACAUUGAAGUUGCAUUUACACUGUAAUGUUGCAUUAUCAGAAUGUUGAUCCAUGUUAUUGGAGCAUCAGGGAUGGAAACGCGUCCUUUGAAUAGUUCAUAUUGCAAAGACUGUGCCGCCUCCUUAACACCAAAUCUGAAGCUGUUACAAUUGGUAUAGUUAAUAAUGAGAACCCAGCCCCAAAACGUGAUCUCACUGAAAGCUGACAUUCCACCAUCUAAGCUUAUUCUCCAUGACCACAGCUAUAGCAGCUCUGCCCCCACGCAGGCAGGCUUUCCUGGUGGGACAUUGUACAGGUAACUAAACUAUUCAAGGGUACUAUUGGAUCAGAAAGAGAAAAUCGGAGAUGGAAAUCACUAAUAUGUAAGCCUGGCAGGAAAAUUCCCAACCCCUCAUAAUCAGUCAAGAACCUAAGGCCAGUAGGUCAGCCAUAAUCCUUAUCUUUUCCAGUUUCUUGGUAAUUUGAUACUGGAUGAUUCCAAUGUUAGAUAAAUACAAGCAGAAAGCAAGCCAAGCCUUGGCUCUGGUAAACAGAAUCUGUGCUUCCGUCAGGACACUAAAGGAGGCCUGUUAUCUGCAGCUGAUUGGCUGACUGGCUUUCCUUCCAAGGUCGCCAGUGCCUUUUAAAACCUCUGUGCUGUUCCUCCUGGUUAUCGAUUGUUCCACUCAGAAGCCAAGGGCUUGGUUGUGUACACUUUGAGGAAAAGUACUCUUGUGUGUCUCUUUGAACUCAGGAACAGAAAAUGAGAGAGAAAAGUCCUAUGUCCCGGUGUGGUUUUGCUCUCUGAAUAGGAUCAAGGGGGUGCCCAGAUGAGGCGACCCUAUACCAGCCUGCAAGAAGACCGUUGCUUUAGUUUUUAAAUCUUUAUGGAAACCUGCCAGAUCCUGUCCUGUGGCAGGAAAGUGCACUCACUCGGUGUAUGUAGAAGUCACGUUUGUUUCCUGUGCUCUUCAGGAGAGUCACAGGAUCAGGCGAACAGCUACAGGUGACCAGCAGGGCCACAGUGUGGAAGGGAACCAACAGCAAUGUUACAUGGGCUGUUUUCAUUUCCAACUCUAAUAUCAGAACUGCUCAAAAAUUUAAUGAACCUGAUACUUUCCACUUGGGUUUAAAAUGUUAGCCGUGUCUUCUAUGUCAAGUUGACCGCUUAUCUCCUACACGGUGACUGGGGACUGUCAUCCAGUUUCGAGAUCUGAAAAGCAUGCACAGUGGUGGCCUCCGGCCCCUGACUCCCCAUGAUGCUCACCUCAUCUGUCAAUAAGACGCACCAGCUUGUCCCAGUGUAAGAUUCUGCAAAUGUGUCACCAAAGCCUGUGCUACCCGACUUGAUCGACUUUGCACCUGCUAUGCCCCCUUGCCUGAUCUGUAAAACCAAACAAAACUGUUUGGGAUUGUCUCAUUUCCCAUUCAUGGCAAUUUCUUCUCGGCCAACUUCAGCCUUUGGUAAACUUGCAGACUGUUACAGGUCUUAGGAUUUAAACGUCAAAGGCAGUCUAUGUUAGUUACUACAGAGCCAUUUCAAGAGUGAAGUCGGUCUGCAUUUCUCCAUCAGUUCCCUGAGAAAACACCACUUGGGUCUGGUGGCGACGCACCUGGCUAGUGGCUGUUUUCUCCCUCAGACGAUGGACAACCCACACUACUCAGUCCUUCUGUUUGGCUGUCGGCAUUUCCCCUGGACUCUCAGUAGACACGGGCACAGACAGGAAGUUUCCUGCAGUCAUAGUCUCUUUGUUUCACUCACGGACACACUAGUUUAUGUUCUCCCUCAGAGCUGGCCAUCCUUGCCUCCAAUUGUUGCUUAAUGACACCUGGCAGAGAUCUUGUUUGCAGAAAUCAAUUUAAGACCCUAAUUGUGUCAACCCAGGCAGGGAACUCAUUCUGUCUGUUACUGAACCAAUUAUGAAUGUCCCAAAAAUCAGCCAAAACCAACUCACACCUGUCUAACCAAACAUAUUACUAAGGUGAAACUUACUCUUAUUACAGCAGUGGAAAUGUCACCUUGUGUCACCGCCCUAGGCUCAGUCCCAGUAUCUAUGUCUCCACCUUCUUCAUCUCUUAGCAAUGAAGUCAUAAAAUGGUCCUGCGUAUUGCCAAGAGCAUAGUAUUUCCUUCCUAGAAGCCCCUCCCAACCCUGCUCGUCAUCUCUCUACCAACAUUUUAUGGAAACUAAGAGAAUCAUAAUUAUGUACAGAUAAAUUGUAUUAUAUUUUUUGUACUUGACGUUUUGUGUAAAUAGUUUGCCUCCUUCCGUUGUAUGUGAGUAUUGAAAUAAACUGCCAUUUAGGAAACAA